AUGACUGUUCAUAAAUCACAAGGGAAAACUUUAGAUGCUGUAGAAGUACAUUGUGGUAAAGAGUUUGCCCCAUGCCAGCUCUUAAGGGUUAGAAAGUUAUCACAGUUACGACUUGUUGGCUUUGAUAGCAAAACGUUGAUACCAAUUCCAAAUGAAGUUUUGACUUUUUUGGAUAAUAUUCAAAAUAGCCCAGCAGAUCAGGAACACAAAUGCUGUCAUAUUAAGCCACAAUUAUUGAAUGAUAACAAUAAUUCAGAUGUAGACAACUUUUCUGAAGAGGAAUUUGCUGAAGAAAAGCUCAGAGAACUUGAUGAUAUUGCAAAGUCUUACUUUGCUUCAAUUGUGCAGCCUGACACUGUUGACCUCUCUGAGUUGUUUGAGAAACUGUCUUCAUCUACAAAUUUUGAAAACAUUCCCAAUGACUUCAAUUUUGUGGAAUUCAUGUCCACACUUAAGAAGGCUGACGAGUGA